GAACAGACGGACUCAGAAUGAAAACCAGUUGGCUGGGAGUCGGAAUUCUAACCAUUUUUGUAUUCCAUCACUCAGAGCCUUUGCUAUGGCCAGCUUCGUCCAAUUUGGGACUAACCGUUUCGGUGUCCACACCCAUUGCUGAACUCUUUCCCGAGCGCCGCAUUUUGAUAGAUUGGUGCUUUGCCAUAUCCUACAAUUAUCCCUACAACCUGACCGAGUUCUAUAGCAUACCCAUCUGGCCGGGAUUUGCCAACUAUAAAGCAAAACGGGAACUUACCCCCCGCAUGGAACUAACAGAUGAGAACUUCUACAGCAAAUAUGGACAUAAUUCGGGGACUGGCAGGCAUCCCAAGGAUUUCUCGGCUGCCGAACUCUAUGCCUUCCUCGAGGAUACUUUGGCCGGCUAUGGUUUCCACGAAACUUGCCUUCUGCGAAGUGUGUGCGAGUUGGCUCAACAUCCUUUUGAUGACAACCACCAGCACAUGCUUAGCGAUAUUGUAACCUUUAUACUGAGUCCCUCCCAGCACGAGGGUUUCCUCGAUAAUGAAACAGUCUACAGACAAGCCUACGAGCAGGCAGAGCAGGAUGGUUUUCUGGGUAGAGACUGCCGGAGAUUGUACUCCCAUUGCCACCAUGACCUGUUACAGCUUAUGAGUCAACUCAUAUUUCACUAAUAUAAUAAAUAAUUAAAUUAUAAAAUAAAAACAAAGGGAAGAGGCCUAUA